UGACGUCACCGCGUAUGUGUUUCCGCAGUGUGACGCAGACGCGCUCAACGACCGUUCUACGCUGAUCAGUUGUCUUUCAGUGCCCUUAAACUUGGUUGUAGUCAGUUAUCAUGUCAUCUCACGUUCCAGGAUUUUCAGCUUUGACUAAACCGAGUUUAAUACCGGGUUUCAGGCUGUCUAAAGAUCGGCUGAUAACCAUCAUUCCUGUUGCAGUGGCCGCAGCUCUGAGUACAUACCUGGUGACGCGCUACUUCAGCGGGCACAGCGGUACAAAAAGCAGAGUCAACCAGACGUUCAACAAAGACAGCCCUAAAGUAGUGCACAGCUUUGACAUCGAAGACAUCGGCAACAAGGUCGCAUACUGCAGAUGCUGGAGGUCUAAGAAGUUUCCCUACUGUGACGGUGCACACGCCAAACAUAACGAGGAAACUGGUGAUAAUGUCGGACCACUGAUCAUUAAGAAGAGAAAUGCUUAAAUCUGGGCUGCCCAAGAAAUGCAUUUGAGAGUGUUUGUGUGUGCCAGUGAUGCAGAGUAACCCAAAAUUAAUUCAAUUUGAUAGCCAUACAAAAAAAUGUUAAUCCAAGUGUACAAAAUGUUUUUUACUUUAAUCACACUCAGAAAAACCUUGCUGUAAUUUUCUUGAAACAUACAGAUGUUAAUUUCCGUCAUUCCGACGGAGGACUUCCGCAAACAUACAUAGAUGUACUGUAUUUCCUGUAACUGUGCUGAGAGGUUUCAUGCCUGGUUGCGUUAUCUGCCUCUAACACAACACAUACUGUAUAACCCUUUAAAUCGACACUAAGGUGAUAUUGUAUCUUCACUACAGAGUUUUAAGGGCUGGGACAGAGCUAAAAGCGCACAAUGUGUUAAUAAAAUGUCUGUGUUUGUGUCGUCUUUGUUGUAAAACUAAACGGUUUCUAUUUCAACUGUGCCAUUUGCAUAAAUUCUCUGUCAUGGUGUUAAAUUAUCAUUUGCCAAAUGUAUAAAUGCAAUUUGAAAAUGGUCA